AUGAUAGUACGUACUGUUAAAAUUCGAUCAUAUCAUUCCUAUCGGUGUCUUUGUUAUCCUUUGCAGAUAGCCUGCCUCAUUGCCCUGUUGUCGGCGUCUACCAACGCUGACGGGCUUGGGGGUCUUGUUUAUGCGCCAGGACACUCAUCCCUAGAAUACUACUCAUAUCCUAGUUAUGCUUUUGAAUACGCCGUCCGAGAUCCACACACCGGUGAUAACAAAGCACAAUGGGAAAAACGAGAUGGGGAUGUUGUAAGAGGUGCAUACUCGCUAGUGGAGCCCGACGGCAGUGUGCGUGUAGUUGAAUACAGAGCUGAUGACAAGUCUGGUUUCAACGCCGUCGUCAAACGUAUCGGACCCAACUUGCACCCGGUCGCUACACCUAUAUACAAAGCGCCUCUUCCAGUUUUAGGUUAUAAAUCGGAAAUACCAAUCUCGAUUGGACCUGUCGCUGGAAUUGAGAAACUCUCUAACGCUCCACUCUUAAAUGGACCAUAUCUUGGCGGUGGUGCAAUUUCACCUGAAAUCCUGUACAAAACUCCUGCGCCUGCAGUUAUAAAAGAAGUAGCUCCGAUCGCACCAAUCAUCCCUGCUCCCAUCAUAAAGAGCCCAAUUUAUUCUGCACCUUUAUACGACCAAUCUCUACUCCAAGCUCCAAUUCUUAAAAAAGCUCCACUGCUACCCCUCCAACUGUCACAACCCAUAUACCCAGUAUAUCCAUUAUUAAAGGCCCCUCUUCCUGCUCUUAAAUAUGGACCUCUACCUAAUGCUGGCCUUUAUGACUUGGGUCUUUUGGGAAAAGAACUAUUAAAUGAAAAAUUACUGUUGGACUACAAGGGAUACGAUGGUGCAGGAUUAGAUUACAAAGGUUACGCUGAUAUUGGAUUGGGGUAUAAAGGAGGAUAUGGUCAUUAAUUUAUUUAAAAAUUAGCAUCUGAUUCACGACAAAAUAGAUGAGACAAAUAUGCCGCUAUCUAUAAUACUUAGAUUCUAUGUCUUCGGUGCAAUGUUAUUCACAUUGCUUGAUAGUAGUUGGUCAAUGAAAUGUAAAAUAUUAAACCUUAAUUUAUGACAUAGGUUAGUCGAACAUUGUAUUAACACGAAUAAAGCAUUCACCACUGUGUGGUAAUCAA